AUGCUGGCUGCGGUGGCGGUGGCGGUGGCGGCUGCGGCGGCCGCCCGCGCGCGAGUGGAGGGGCGGGGGCCCGGCGGGGCGGGGCGGCUGAGGCCGCCCCCGGACCCGCCUCCGCGAGGGGAGGGGGACUCCGGAGCGCUGGCUGAGGGCUGCCAGGAGGCCGGACAAGAGCUCCCGGCCAUGGGCGGUGGAACUCUCCCCCACCCUACCCCGACUCACACCCCACCCCCGACCCCCUUCUGGUGCAGGGUGUGUCCGAGCGCUCGCUCACUCAGGAUAGGCAAGCGGCGGCGGCUUCGAUGGGGGGCCCAGGAUUCCAAUGGGGAGCCGGCUGUCGGCACCACGGACAGCGCCGCAGCCUCUCAGGGAGCCUCGUCGCCCGCACCGCCGCCCGCCUCCCUGCCCACCCCGCCGCCCGUUUCCCUGCCCGCCUCCCUGCCCACCUCGCCGCCCGUCUCCGUGCCCGCCUCGCCGCCCGCCUCGCCUCGCGUCUCCCUGCCCACCCCGCCGCCCGUCUCCCUGCCCGCCUCGCCGCCCGCCUCCCUGCCCACCCCGCCGCCCGUCUCCCUGCCCACCUCGCCGCCCGCCUCCCUGCCCACCCCGCCGCCCGUCUCCGUGCCCGCCUCGCCGCCCGCCUCGCCUCGCGUCUCCCUGCCCGUCUCCCUGCCCACCCCGCUGCCCGUCUCCCUGCCCGCCUCGCCGCCCGCCUCCCUGCCCGCCCCGCCGCCCGCCUCCCUGCCCGCCCCGCCGCCCGCCUCCCUGCCCACCCCGCCGCCCGCCUCCCUGCCCACCCCGCCGCCCUCCUCCCUGCCCGUCUCCCUGCCCACCCCGCCGCCCGCCUCCCUGCCCGUCUCCCUGCCCACCCCGCCGCCCGUCUCCCUGCCCGCCUCCCUGCCCACCCCGCCGCCCGUCUCCCUGCCCGCCUCCCUGCCCACCCCGCCGCCCGUCUCCCUGCCCACCUCGCCGCCCACCUCCCUGCCCGUCUCCCUGCCCGCCUCGCCGCCCGUCUCCCUGACCACCCCGCCGCCCGUCUCCCUGCCCGCCUCGCCGCCCGCCUCCCUGCCCGUCUCCCUGCCCGCCUCGCCGCCCGUCUCCCUGACCACCCCGCCGCCCGUCUCCCUGCCCACCUCGCCGCCCGCCUCCCUGCCCGUCUCCCUGCCCGCCUCGCCGCCCGUCUCCCUGACCACCCCGCCGCCCGUCUCCCUGCCCGCCUCGCCGCCCGCCUCCCUGCCCGUCUCCCUGCCCGCCUCGCCGCCCGUCUCCCUGACCGCCCCGCCGCCCGUCUCCCUGCCCGCCCCGCCGCCCGUCUCCCCGCCCGCCUCCCUGCCCGUCUCCCUGCCCACCCUACGUGCUGGCACGCGGUGCUGA